AUGGCCACCCCGGCUGUGCCUGUAUAUUUUGAGCAAAGUUGGGCUAUACUGAGCAGUAUUGGGCUGGUGAAUGUCAUCCUUGGAUUCAUGGUAGUUGGCAUUACCUCGCUUUCACCAAUUUCUCUUGUUCCAAUUGUUGUAUCCGCGGCCGGGGCUGUUGCCAAUGGACUUUGCUAUUAUGCAUUCUACGCCGACUAUCCUACGACGCCGACUGUGGUUGCGGCAGCAGUUGCGGAUAUAGGAUGGCUGAUCCAAGAAGCAGGCUUAUCUUUCUACAGCUACUUGAUCUUAAUACGGGUCCUACGACGGAGGGACCGCCUCAUCUUCAUGUCGCUCUUCUGGUCAAUGAUGGCUAUCCUCACCGGUCUCAGAAUAGCCAUCCUCGUCAACCGAUCGAAGCAGAUUAUAGACGACACAUUAAAUCUUCAGGGCCUUAUUGAUCAUCUUCAUGUCGGUUUCUUCAGCUCGAUAGCCGUAGUGGAAAUUAUCAGUUCCGUGUUCUUGCUUCGGAAGUUCGCAGCUGCUAAAAGGACGUCAAUGGAAGCAGCCUCACGGUCAGGACUAUUCAAAUAUCUGAUGCGGAGUACGGAGGUCCGGCUCGCCACAUUAGCUCUCAUAGGAAUCACGAGAGCCAUCACAUACUCGUUCCAAGAGGCAGCUCAGAGCGCUACCUCGGUCGCAAGUCAAGUUGAUCGGUUUGUCUUCACAUUGGAGUGUCUCUUUCCUGUUAUUAUGUUUAUCGACAUCCUCGCAUCAAAACUAGUUGUCGCCAACCACAUACACGAAAGUUCCUCUAAUAGGGCGUACCCCAAGUCGAGUGCAGGAAGACAAACUGGAACAGGAGGACGAGAUAUCGCACUAUAUUCGAUGAAUCACAUUGAAACCCGAGUGGAUGCUGGCGCUCCACCGUCGAGUUCGCAGGAACGAAUUGUUGAAGGCCAUGCCAGAAAAUCCGAUACACCCUCCGGCCGAGAGAGUAGCGAGAUAGAUAGGAAAAACGGCGGGAUCAACAAGACGGUAGAAUUUGAAUUUCACGAAUCUGCAGUAUGA